AUGGCCGGAAGGAUGCCGGAUGGAGCUCAGCGAGCGGACGGGAAGAUGGCAGGGAUGGAGGUCCCCGGAGAGGCCGCUGCCUCGAACUCGGUUGUAGGUAAUGUAUACCGAAUAGUUGAGACACAUGGGCUGGAUGGAGAACAACUUCUGAAGCUACUUCCAGUUUCUAAAAUUUUGAGAAAUGCUGGGCCCUCUGUACAUUCUCCAGUUGGGUCUGAUAAUGCAAAGGUAAAUGCCUCUAUUCCUGGUCUUGUUUCUUCGAAGACUGUGUUCUCAAAUACUACGACGUCACCACUUGUUAAGUUACCUGCCCUUCUGACAGCAGCUCCUGGAAAAUUAAUUCUUCAAAAACCGUUGGAUAAAGUGGAACUAGUGAAAGUAACCUCUGUUGUUUCAUCAGUCAAGAGCAAUGUUUCAGCGAAUACCAAAAAUCUUCCAGUGACUGUUAACUCUUCCAUACUGCCUUUUGGGCUUCACCUCCAAAUACCAGCUUAUGCAGAAGUGAAAUCUGUUCCAGCGUCUUGCUUGCCCCCAGCUAUCCAACAGAAGAUACUCACAGUGGCAGCUACAAAUGCCUCUGUGACACCUGAAGCUGCAAAACCGCCAAAUGUUAUUUAUGUGUCGCCAGUAAAAACAGUGAAAACACGCUUGCAAAAUAUAAAUCCAACACCUGCUGCAGAAUUGACAAAACCUUUAGUACUGACAUCUGCACAAACAGCAGUCAACAAUUCUGUGCCAGAUGUGGUAUCAUAUGAUAGCCCAAAAACCCAGGAAACUCCUAUGAAAUGGGUUGUCCAAGAAAACCCACAGUCAUCAGCAUCUUGCCUGGUUCCUGUAAGGUCAUCAAAUGACAUGAUAUCAAAAAUGUUAAAAACGUUGGUCGAUAGGAAAAAUGUAAAAAACAAUCCUGCUGGCAUUCUGCCUGCGUGUUCUAAUAGCUUGAGUGAAAGCCAAGAAAAGGUAAAUUCUGUUAAAGAUAAUGCCCUGGUGAUGUAUAAUGGGAAAGUCUAUCUGCUGAGAAGAAAAGAAUCCAGUACUGAGUCAGCCCAGGAUGACAAACAAGCAUCAGCCACUGCUGAUACAAACUUCAGUACACACGGAUCACAGUUAACUAGUUCAGUUGCAGCUAACACAAUAACUAAUCAAGUUGUCAAUCUAGUAUUGUCAAAAAAUAAAGGGAUUGCGCUUAGUGCAAAGAAUUCAAAGUUAUGUGAGAAUGUUAAACCUGCUCUGUGGUCUGAACUGAACAAGAACUUAAAAGGUGCACCUAUUCUUUUAACAUCACCUCAAGGGAAUCUGCAGGUAGGCUCUGUUAUCCAACAGGGGGCUGUAUCAGCAUCAGAAAAUAUUCCCAUUAGAAAAAAAGUUGUUGAUAAAACAGUGACAGAAGAAAAUCUUAACGUCAACAUCAUACAAAGAAAACUUUCUCAAACUGCUGCUUUACAAUUGUCUGCAAAUCAUGGUGUUUCCAAAGAGGAAGAACAAAAGAUUGAAAAGAUAAACUCAACAGGAAUGGGUGUUCAGAGCAAACAAAUGAAAGUGCAACACAGAAAGCAGUAUGCUGAGAUCAGAAAGAAAUUUCGCCUGUUAAAAGAGGAGAGAGUAUACCUCAGGAGAAUACCAUUACUAAAUUCUGUUAUAAAAACAAAAGAAACUGAGUGGUCCAGUAAUGAACCUAUGAAUGACUCUUGCAAAAUGCUGCAGGCAAUAACUGUGAAACCUGGUCUUGAAGAAGAGGAAAUGAUACUCGGGAAACAGGAAUCAAGCAUAAGGAGGAAAGCCGAACUACCUGAACCAGAGCUAGACAGUGCAAAGAGGAAGAAAACCUUGGGUCCAAGUUUAGCUCAUGAUGACUCUUCUUCAGUGACGGAUAACCCAAGUAGUUCUUGCAGUCUAGUUAUAGCACAGCAAGAAAAUCCUACAAGCUCACUACAGUUCUCUUCGAGUGGGGGUUCUGACCCAAAUCCUUGUGUGCAAAAUAAUGAGGAGAGUGAAGUUUUGUGUCCUGCUUUCCAUGACAUUAAAAAUGAAACCUCUUUUAGUGCAGGUUCUCUUGGAGAAGACAACUUUCUGUCUAGUCCACCAGACUUAGAAGAAACAAUAAAAGUUGAAAAAAUAGAAAGACUUAAACUCCUUCUAAAGGAACGAGAGGCAGCACUGGAGGAGAUGCGCAAAAAACUGCAGGAGACUUGA